AUGGUCGGCCUCGAUGCAGCAGGUAAAACAACCAUCCUGUACAAGCUCAAACUCGGAGAGAUUGUGACCACAAUUCCGACUAUUGGAUUCAAUGUGGAAACAGUCGAAUACAAGAACAUUUCCUUUACGGUGUGGGACGUUGGAGGUCAAGAUAAGAUCCGUCCCUUGUGGAGGCAUUACUUCCAGAACACUCAGGGAUUAAUUUUUGUGGUAGAUUCCAAUGAUCGUGAGCGAAUUGAAGAGUCUCGUGAAGAACUUCACAAGAUGCUCAAUGAAGACGAGCUCAGGGAUGCAACCCUUCUUGUGUUCGCUAACAAACAGGACCUCCCCAAUGCUAUGAGUGCUGCUGAAUUGACGGACAAAUUGGGUCUACACAAUCUGCGCUCACGACAGUGGUACAUCCAAGCAACAUGUGCUACGCAAGGACACGGAUUGUAUGAAGGUUUGGAUUGGCUUUCGAAUCAACUGUCAAAAUCAUAA